AUGUCUCUCGCCUUCUACGCAUUCGUCUUUGGGCCUUCUUCGCCGCUCUACCAAAACGCCUCGUCUACGCGCGGCCGCUUCACUCACCCUUCCGCGACGCACCGCCCGUCUGGCUACCGCGCCGCCUCGUGGGGCGGCGACAACCUCAAGAACCGCGUCUUCUUCACCUUCGUCUUCGUCGAGGCCAUCUCGUGGUUCUGGAUCUGGGUGACGCUCAAGGAGGAACGGCGCGAGAUCCUGACGCGCAAGGCCAUGAAGAGGCGCGGCAGCCACGGGCACACCCCUUUCUAG